CAUGCAUAAGUAAAAUAUAUUGGGUAUGUUAUAGAGUAUAUAAAACCCACUGUUUAACACUUCUUUAAUAGGUCGUAAUUGUAUGAAGUUAUUUUUGCUAAAAUGAUACAUCACAUCAUAUACCAAACUGUUUUUUUGGUUUUUUUGUAUCAGCUAAAUUGUCAGCCAUUAACAAGGCAAUGUGAAAGAAAUGCAUAUUUUUUAAGCAUAGUAAAUGAUAUUUUUGGACCAAAAAAUUGUAUACUUACGGAUAAAGAAAUUCAAAGCCUUUUAAAAAACAAUGAAAUAAAUGAAAAAUUUUUGAUUUUUGGAAACGAUAAACUUAAAGAUAAAAUGUGCAAAUUAGGAUGCAAGUACACAGAACUUUGCCUUUAUAUAAUGUACUACAUCAAGUAUGACAUGGUAAAUAAAAAUAAUAUACAGUAUAAUGCGCUAUGGUUAUUCAAGGUAAUUGUACAUCGCAUGUUAUCGAUAUACUAUUAUACAAUAGGUUUUACUACAAACGGCAUCUGGUAUACAUCAAUUACUAUAAAUGCAUUGGUUGAAAAAAAAAUAUCACCAGAAAAUAUUAACUUUGAAUUUAUCGAGAUCAUGUUCGACUUUUGUAUGCAAUCCUUUUGCCAAAAUAAUUUACAAUAUCCUCCUAAAAGACAUAACAAUUAUCCUGAUCUUGAUACAAUAAAGGAAAUAUCAACACAAUUAAAAUUGUAUUCCAAUUAUCCUGUGGAGUUUAACAAAAUUUAUCAGUAUGAAGAUGUAUCAAAUGUUUAUAGCUUUUUUUGGGAUAACAAUGAUGGUUAUAAGACAUUCAUUCCUCCUAAAGAAUUAUUUCCAAGUUAUGAUGAAUAUCAUAUAGCACAGACAUAUAUAACAGUGUGCACCUAUUGGAAAACUGAUUAUUUUAAAUUGUGGAUAUAUACUGACGCUAUAAAGAGAAAUUUAUUACUGGUAACUUAUUAUUAUUUAGCUCAACAUAGUAUUUGUCUUAUAAAUUUCUUUUUAAACGCAUUUGACCCAGUAGUUUUUUUGGAUUUGUUUAAAAUCCCAUUAAACACAAUAACUGAAAUAGGUGUAUUUUCAAGCGAAUUGUUUAUAAAACCAUUCUAUGAUUAUGCAAAUGACAUGAAAAAUGAUAAAAUAAUUAACCAGCAAACAUUAAUGAUGUAUACCACUAAAGUCAGGGGAUCUUUCAAUAUACUAGCAAAUAAUUUUAAAAUUUCAAAUAUUAAAAACACUGACAUAAUAAAUAAUAAUUCGUCAAAAAAUCCAUUGAAAUAUUCAGAUGUAAAAGAGCUGUUACUGUCGUAUGAUAGUAAUUUGCAAAAAUAUUUUGAAAAUGUAAAACGUGGAAUGGCACCUGUUGAUUUUGUUGUAUUAAAAAUAUUUAAGGCAAGUAAUGAAAAACUAUGAAACCAUAAUUUUUACUUCAAGUUAAAUUCAGAUUUGAUGCCAUUUUAACAAAAUGGACAUAAAAUUAAGUUUAAAAAUUAUAAGAAUUUAAAUAAAUAGCCCAGCAAAUGAAACAAAAAACAUAUGAGAAUAUGUAUUAAUAGUCGUAAUACUGUAAACAUGUAAAUAUGAUUACAUGCAUAAUAGAAACUUAACGAAAUAUCUAAAAUGUAUUAUAUAAAUUAUUAUUUAGUCACUGUAAUCACUAAAUUUUUAGUUAUACUUAUUUAGUACGAUAUUUAUGUGGUCAAUGAAAUAAUAAUUAUUAAACGAAUUAUUAGCUAAAAGUA